AUGAUGAUGUCAUUGCACUAUCGCCUUUUGGAAGAUGCCAAGCAGCAUUUGAGGCAGGUGGAGAAAGAGAUGCAGAGGCAAAUGAAGCUGCUGGACCUGCACCUGCAGCAGCUCGACGAGGAGCUGUCUGCGUCCUACCCGUGCAGCCCCACCAUGCACCCCUGCUGCCUGUGCCAGCCCAACCAGGAGAGAAGGGCCCUCACCGCAAGGAUGGACGUGGAGAGAGAACUGGGCAGCAUGCAAAGAAGACUUAACAGAUUAUCGAACUUUUCCCAUGAUAACAAGCUUUUGGCUUUGAUGGACAUGAAGGGGUUUGACCCCAAGGAAGUCACUGUAACGGUGAAAGAUGGGAAGGUGAAGGUGUUAGCGGAGCACAGGGAGGAGCACGCAACUGCAGAAGGGAAGGAGUAUAACUACAGAAGCACCACGAAGGAAAUCAGCCUGCCGCCGGGAGUGAGCAAGGAUGAGGUGACCUACUCGCUGGGACCCAAUAGCAUCAUGAAGAUCGAAAUAGCACGCAAGUGCUACCCUUGUCUCCUGAGCCGCUGA